UGAUGAAAUUAGUGACGAAUUUUUGCAUUAAUGAGAGUUUCAUAAGUAAACCGUGUGAUAAUGCUUUAAAAUGUAUUCUAAUUGUUAUUUGAGAAUGGGAAAAGUGAAAUGUUUCAGAUACGAAAGAGACUACACAUAAAAUAUGAGUUAAACAUUAUUAAGAAAAUAUUUUAUUUAGUUUGUAGGUUUAUUAAAAUUUUUGAGUUUUUAAUAAGUUAAUUAUAUGACUGUAGAUCUUGAUUAUCAAUUGAUUGAUUUGUGGACUCUCCAAUCAGAAAUUAUAGGUAACGAUUCAGAUUCCGAAAUGGCACAAGAAAGAGUAACUAGAAAGUGGGAAGUGUUUCAAGGAAGAAACAGAUUUUAUUGUAAUGGCAGAUUAAUGACCGCACCCAAUUCGGGAGUAUUCUUGCUAACAGUUUUUUUAAUUACAGUAACGAGCACUUUAUUCUUUAUAUUCGACUGCUCUUAUUUGGCAGAAAAUGUUACUAUAGCAAUUCCUAUAAUAGGCGCUUUAUUGUUUUUAUUUACAAUGUCUUCAUUGUUACGAACUAGCCUCUCUGAUCCAGGAAUUAUACCUAGAGCUACAGCAGAAGAAGCAGCUUAUGUUGAGAAACAAAUUGAAGUAACAAAUUCUGCUAAUAGUCCUACAUAUAGACCUCCACCACGAACGAAAGAGGUACUCGUUAAAGGACAAACUAUUAAGUUAAAAUAUUGUUUUACGUGUAAAAUAUUUAGACCACCAAGGGCUUCUCACUGUAGCUUAUGUGAUAAUUGUGUAGAUAGAUUUGAUCAUCACUGUCCAUGGGUGGGCAAUUGUGUCGGUAGAAGAAAUUAUAGGUUUUUCUAUAUGUUUAUUGUAUCUUUGGCAUUUCUGGCAGUUUUCAUAUUUGCUUGUGCAGUGGCUCAUCUUAUUUUAAUAACGAGGGAUGACAGGCAAUUUUUAGAGGCAGUGAAGGAAUCACCAGCCAGUGUAAUAGUAGCUAUUAUAUGUUUCUUUAGUGUAUGGAGUAUUCUAGGAUUAGCAGGAUUUCAUACUUACCUCACAACUAGUAACCAGACAACAAACGAAGAUAUUAAAGGGUCAUUUACAAGUAAAAGAGGCCAAGAAAGUUUUAAUCCAUACUCACAAGGAAAUGUGUGUUUAAACUGCUUCCAUAUUCUUUGUGGGCCCGUAACUCCUUCCCUUAUUGACAGGAGAGGAUUAGUUACUGACAGUUAUCGUUCUGAAAUUAAUAGGAGUUCUUCUAAUGAACCGACACUGCAGUUAAAGAAUUAUGGAAUCCAUGUGCAGAAUGGUCCUCAGCAAGUUACUAAUAAUUCGUCGGAGAUGCCUGGAAUCUAUAGACAAACCACAGAGACUGCGGAGAGUAAUGCAGGAAGUAUAACCCAUUUAGUCACAAGUGAACAGCCAUUAGCUAUCGCUCCUGCUGUGCAAUUAUCGAGAACUUUAGAAGACUCGCAGCAAUAUAAAUCACAACCUAGUUUGAACCAUUCUCCCGUUUAUAAUAACAUUGUAAGGCAUACAAAUCAAGUACCCUUAGGCAAAUCACAUAGUUACGCAGAUAACUUAAACACGACGGUGGAUAAGCAAGUUGAACUCAAAGAAACAACUGUAAAUAUAGAAGACCUCCAUUUAGACCCCAUAGUGCUAAGGGAAAGCCAUAUUUUGUCCAACAUAAGUGAAAAUACAAAAUUUCCCGACUUGAAACUAGAUAAUGAUUUAACUUUACAAGAGAAGGAAAAUAGUUUAUUAAGUGCGAGUAGACUUCGUCUUUUACAAGACACAACUAUGAUAGAAAGUGCUCUAGAUUUGGACUCUCUAGAUGAUUCUAGUUUAGGGACUAAUAGCCAAGCUGGGCUUAUGAAAAUUGUUGUGUAAUAUUGGUUGUUAUUAUUGAUAAAACGUUAGCUUUAAGUGCAUAUAAGGUUUAUUUUUAUGGUUUUAAAGAGAUAUUAUUUAUUUUUGUACAUUAUAUUAUAUUCUCUAGCAGAAUUCUGUCAAUGCAGACUAAACAUUAAGUGUACUUUUUUAAUUCAAUUUAUAGAUACAUCUUUUAAGUUAUAUUGUAAAUAUAUACAUAUAUAGAUGUUAGCAUAUAUUUUAUGGUACUAUUCUGUAAUGACAGUGAGCAUUAUAAAAAUGUGACCCUCAAUUUUAGAUGCUUCUAUAGUCGACGUAACGAAUAAUAUUCCUCAGAUCUAUUUCAAUAAAGGAAAAACGGUGAAAUCUCCCUUACAGAUAUCUCCUACAAAAAGACAAUUUUGCCUGGUUCCUGCAGCUUUUCAUAAGAAUAACACUCGUACCCUUUUUUUAGAUGAAUGUAGACGCUAAUUUUUUAAUAUUUUAAUGACGAUAUUUUUUCUAAACAAACCCAAAAAUGAGGAAAAAUAAAUAUCGUUAAAACAGUCGCCAACUCUUUACUGUGAAUCUUCAUUCCCCAUCAAUAAUAGAAUUGCAUAUUUUGGUGAUUAAGGUGCAAGAUCAGCUACUAAGAAAUCCCGCUUUUGAUUUCCUAUUUUUUUUAGUUUAUUCAUUUAUGUUUUUAUUUGGUGUGUAAUAUUUGUUUGACUUUUUUGAAAAUGGUGCUAAAGAGCAAAAUUUUGAUUAAUUUUUUUUAUCAAUUUCACUUCCAUGGCGGGAAGGAGUUUAUCUAAUUCCACUGUGAGAGAUUCCACUGUAUACAUACAUCUGUAAACAAUGACGUUAUAUUAUUAAACUUCAAUGUGUUUUUUACUAGAGAUCACUGUAUUGAGAAUUACAGAAUAGCACUAUUAAUUAUUACAGCCUGUAUAAUUUGCUGUUAUACAUUUAUGGAAAUUUCAAUUUGGGCUAAAUUUAGUUCCAUUUCCAACUGUUCUGAACGAUGUUCUUCUACUUAUGUUAUCGAUUGUCAGAGAUAUAAUUGUCUAUUUAAAUUUGCCUCAGAAAUAUGUUAUAUGUUUAUAAGGUACUGGACUUAAUAAAUAUAAACAGUUUAUUCAA